AUGAGUAGUACUCAUAACUCAUCGUCAACACAUAAAACUAGUGGUCAUGCUCAUUAUAAGGCAACAAGAACAGUGACAGGUCCCGAUGGAAAAACACAUACUGAAACGAUCGACAUGUAUGAUGAUGAUGCGGUCAAGUUUAUGAGAGAUUUACGUUCCAAUCGUAAUGAUGUACCUGAUUUAGAUCGAUUUGAAUUUCGUCCACUGAUAAAUCCAACUAAUUUUCCGCAAUUAGAACAGCAUAAACAUCGAAAUAUACAAUCACCAAGACCAGCAUCUUCAUCAUCAUCAGCUACAGAAAUAUCGACUUCUAAACAUUCGAAUGUUGCUCAAAGUAAUAAUGAAUUUUUACAGGAAGCAUUACAACUACAUAAUGAAUUAAGACGACGUCAUGGUGUUGAACCUUUACAUUUGAAUGAUGAUCUGUCAAAAUUAGCUCAAACAUGGGCUAAUCACUUAGCAUCAACAGGAACACUUAUACAUAGUAAAACAAAAUAUCGAAAUGUAAAUGUUGGUGAAAAUCUUCGUUCUCAAUCAUGGCCAAUUACAGGUAAAGAAAUGACAGAAUCAUGGUAUAAUGAAUCUACUAAAUAUGAUUAUCAUAAUCCUUCAUAUCAACCUGGAACGGGUCAUUUUACACAAGUUGUAUGGAAAGGUUCACAAGAAGUUGGUUUUGCACAAGCACAAGGUACAUCAAUGAAUUUUGCUGUAGCUAUGUAUUAUCCACCAGGAAAUUUUAUUGGUGAUUUUGAUAGAAAUGUGUUUCCUCCACGUUAA